CAAAUAUUGCAUCAUUGCGUUGUUAGGCCGCAAUACACGUGAGACUAGCGAAGCCCGUUUGCUAGAAAUUAAAACAACGGGAUUUUCCGAUAUCUUCACAGUUAAAUUAACAAAAUGCCUAAAAAGGCGAAGGAAGAAACGGAAUGGGUGGACACUGAUGUCGCUCCAGGAGCAGAGAAAACAGUCAAAAAGGGAAAGAAAGACAAAAAGGGCAAAAAGAGUUUUUUUGAAGAACUUUCAACUAACAGCAAACCUGAGCAGGUUGAAGAGGCUGCAGGAAAAGACAGUAAAACCAAACAGCCCCAGAAAAAAAAAGAGAGACGGAAAGGAAAAGGUGCAGAUGCCGCUAAGAAUGAUGAUGAGGAUGUGAUGCUGACUUUGAAAAAUCUCUCGGUACAAGCAAGUGAUGAGGAAGAUGAAGCAGACAUCAUACCGAGCAAAAAGAACAGGAAAAAGACAGGGAACAUCUUUGCUGCUCUCAGCCAAGAUCAGAGCGACAACGAACAAGAUCUGGAUGAUGAUGAUGAUGAUGAUGAUGAUGAACCUGCAAUAAAGAAAGGAAAAGGAAAGGCAGCUAGGCAGCAACCAACUAUGGAGGAUAAUAAGGAUGAAGAGGAGGAAGACGGUGAAGAAAGUGACAAUAUGAUGCAAAGUGCUGAGGAUGUAAUUGCCCAACAGGCCAAAGAGGCAGCAGAUGACCCGUUAGCUAAUCUGAGCAAAAAGGAGAAAAAGAAGAUAAAAAAACAGAUGGAAUACGAGCGUCAGGUGGCAAGUGUUCGAGCUCAAAACGCUUUGGAAGGAGAUUUCUCUGUAUCUCAGGCUGAGAUGUCCUCCAGGCAGGCGAUGCUAGAGAAUGCAUCAGACAUUAAGCUGGAGAAGUUCAGCAUAUCCGCUCAUGGCAAGGAGCUGUUUGUCAAUGCAGACCUUUUGAUUGUGGCAGGAAGACGGUAUGGUUUGGUUGGACCAAAUGGCAAAGGAAAGACCACAUUAUUGAAACACAUAGCAAACCGAGCUCUCAGUAUUCCCCCCAACAUUGAUGUAUUGCUGUGUGAACAGGAGGUGGUAGCCGAUGACACUCCAGCAGUGCAAGCUGUGCUGAAGGCUGACACCCGCAGGUUGAAGCUCUUGGAGGAGGAGAAGAUGCUCCAGGCUCGUCUGGAGAAAGGAGAAGACAGUGUGGCGCAGAGGCUGGACAAGGUCUACGAAGAGCUUAGGGUGAUUGGAGCUGCAGCAGCGGAGGCCAAGGCCAGAAGGAUCUUGGCUGGUCUGUCAUUCACUCCUGAGAUGCAGAAUAGAGCCACUAAAAGGUUCUCUGGAGGGUGGAGGAUGAGAGUUUCCCUAGCUAGAGCUCUUUUCAUGGAGCCCACUCUACUGAUGCUGGAUGAACCCACCAACCACCUUGACCUGAACGCAGUAAUCUGGCUGAACAACUACCUUCAGAGCUGGAAGAAGACUCUCCUCAUCGUGUCCCAUGACCAGAGCUUUCUUGAUGAUGUGUGUACUGAUAUUAUCCACCUAGACAACCAAAAGCUCUACUAUUACAGAGGCAACUACUUGACCUUCAAGAAGAUGUAUGUGCAAAAGCAAAAAGAGCUGCAGAAGCAGUAUGAAAAACAGGAGAAGAAACUCAAAGAGCUGAAGGCUGGUGGCAAGUCCACCAAGCAGGCUGAGAAACAGACUAAGGAUGCUCUGACCAGAAAGCAGCAAAAAGGCAAAAAGAAGGGCACUCAAGAGGAGGAGAGCCAGGAUGCUACAGAGCUGCUGAAGAGGCCAAAAGAGUAUACUGUCAAGUUCACCUUCCCCAACCCUCCUCCACUCUCCCCACCCAUACUGGGGCUGCACAGUGUUGACUUUGGCUAUGAGAGCCAGAAGCCUCUCUUCAAAAAUGUGGACUUUGGCAUUGACAUGGACUCCCGGAUUUGUAUUGUGGGACCCAAUGGUGUUGGGAAGAGUACCCUGCUACUGCUGCUCACAGGCAAAUUAAACCCUAUUAAGGGUGAGAUGAGGAAGAAUCAUCGCUUGAAAGUGGGCUUCUUUAAUCAGCAGUAUGCUGAUCAGUUAAACAUGGAGGAGACAGCAACAGAGUACCUCAUGAGAAAGUUCAAUCUUCCAUACCAGGAUAGCAGAAAGUGCCUGGGACGUUUUGGUCUGGAGAGUCACGCACAUACCAUUCAGAUUUCUAAACUUUCUGGUGGUCAGAAAGCCAGAGUUGUGUUUUCUGAGUUGGCGUGUCAUCAACCAGAUGUACUUGUCUUGGAUGAACCUACUAACAAUUUGGACAUUGAGUCAAUAGAUGCCUUAUCAGAGGCCAUUAAUGAAUACAAAGGAGCUGUGAUCAUCGUGAGCCACGACGCGCGGCUCAUCACCGAGACUCAGUGCCAGCUCUGGGUGGUGGAGGACCGAACAGUCAACCAAAUCGAGGGAGACUUUGAUGACUACAAGAGGGAAGUGUUGGAGUCCCUGGGAGAAACCAUGGUCAACAAGGUCAAUCCAUGAUGAAGUCCCUCACCUCUGGAUCAUUUACAAUCAUUCCUCCCUGCUCACAUAUGCAGGAAGAUUAACUAUAGGAUCUGCUGUCAAAGCUUAACAAUAAAACAAGAUUUUAAAUGCC